CUAUUUCCUCCCACACACAAUGGUUGCUUCCUCUUCAUCUGCUUCUUGGGAGACUCAAAUGGUUUCCCAAGAACAAAUCAAUGCGUUUCAUACCAUUGAUCGAAACAUCUUUGCCAGGCUUGUUUUGAACCUCCGACGUGAUCUAGGUGAGUCCAUUCAUGUGAUGGCUUUCCUCCUUUGGGUGGAACAUGUUGAUAACCCUGCUCGAAACCUGGUUUUCAAUAUUCAACCCUGGUCUGAUACUCUGAUCAAUGCAUUGGCUAAGGAGGCUGUCCUCUGCUUGAAUUGUAUAAAGAGUGAUGAGUUCCCUUACAAUAAUUUCAAAGACUCCAACUAUCUCAUUCCUUUGAUUCAAGGAUUGACAAAAAAUUGGGCCUCUCUUCGUUUCUUUCAUCAUAAUCGUCUCCGCAUUAUUCCUGGGAUUAUUCAAAAUAUUCAGGAUGUUUGCUUUCGAGCCUUUAGAGAUAUAUUUAAACUAGCAUCGACUAUUAAUUCAAUGGAUGCCCAACGUAGAUCUGAACAAAGUUUGGAGCUAUCAAGGUUCUAUGGUCCAUUGACUAGGCCAACUUUGCCUGUAUUCAACGACUAUAAUUCUGGGGUUGGAAACUUUAGUGAUCAAAACAUGGGAAAUAAGCAAGUUUUCUGGCCAAAUUGGAAUUCCGAAAAUUCGAGUUUUUCCCAACAAGUUUAUCAUCAUAAUAUCAAGACUCAAAUACAGUCUUUGGAUGAGGAAAUGGAGGAACUGUUGAAUAAUACACACUCCAUUUGCACUAAGGGUUUGGAAGAGAAUAAUAAUAAUAAUAAUCAGGAAGUCCCAGCAGAGGAUAGAACUAUUUUCUUAACAUUUUCUAAAGGGUAUUCCCUUUCAGAGAAAGACGUAACAGACUUCUUUGCUAGGAAAUUUGGAGAUGAUUUCAUUGAAAGAGUUGAGAUGCAAGAAGUUUUAAGGGGAGAGCAGCCAUUGUUUGCAAAGCUGGUUCUGCAUUCCGCUUCUGGCCUUGCAACCAUUCUGAAUGGCGUGCGCAAAGCCAAGUACUCAAUCAAGGGAAAGCACGUUUGGGCUCGAAAGUUCGAGCAUAGAUAUCCUCAAGUCACCUCUCCAAGUCACCAUUCCUAAGUGAAGUAGGGCGUACGAAGGAGUUGCUGGUUGUUUAUAAUAAAUUGUGAUUCUAGGAUAUGUUUUGUGGUUGUGUUAUGCAUGAUUACGGCACAUUCUUGUAGUGUGUGUCGUUUGCUAUAGUUUGAUAUGUUGAAGGUCACAUGGGGAAUGUGUUGCUGUAGUAUUAAUAUGUUGUAUCCACAAGGCUUUGUAUAUUGGGUUGGUAAUGUCGGUGGCAUGAGUAGGAUGAAUUUUCAUCCUUGGAGCUACACUAUUGUGCUUACUCUUCUAAAAGUGUGGUGU